AUGCGCAGAAUAAGCUCUUUGGCUGCGAUGUUCAGCGCUAUCCCGACCAUCUGCUUUGGCUUUCAGUGUCACAAGGCCUGUAUAACCAUCUACAGCAGCAUGCAGAACAAAAGCCUGUCCCACUGGGUGUUCAUCUCUGUGGUGACCAUAUUCUUCUGCCUUAUCAUUUACUCCCUAACUGGUGUUUAUGGAUACCUGACAUUUGGCAAGGAUGUUGCAGCAGAUAUUCUGAUGUCAUACACAGGGGACGAUGUCCUCAUGAUCAUUGCAAGACUGCUCUUUGGGAUCUCUAUCAUCACCAUCUACCCCAUCAUCCUCCUGCUUGGAAGGUCAGUGAUUCAGGACCCACUGCUGAGUUUCCGUUGGUGCUUCCACGUGGUGACGGAGUCGUAUGAGAACCGUAGCCACGUGGGGCUGACUAGAGCCUGGAUCACCGUCACCCUCAUUGCCAUGUUCAUCCCAGACAUCAGCAAGGUUAUCAGUGUCAUCGGGGGAAUAAGUGCAUUUUCCAUCUUCAUUUUCCCAGGUGGUGUAUGUCUAGUAUUUGCCAUGCAGUCAGAGACAGUAUCUUUAAAAACAAGAGUGGUCCUAACAACAUGGGGGAUUAUCACUCUGAUCUGUGGAGCUUUCAUUUUUGGACAGAGCACCACAAUUGCCAUCAUGCAGCUCCUCACUAAGAUCUAA